CAAGCCAAACUCAACAACACUCAAAUCAGUUCCCCGCAGCAGGGCCAUCCGCCUGGUAUCGUUUCGUUCGUUCGCUCGCCGCCAUAAGAAUUCCGUCGAGUUCCGCUGGUCGGAUUCCGUCGUACGGGCGGGGUAAUUUGUUGCCCAAAUUAAUUCAGGUGGUGCGUGCGUGCGUGUGUGCGGCCGUCGCGACAUCGACGACGCGGAAGGUUGCCGGAUUAGAUUAACCUUUUCUCUCCGGCUCCUGCUGCAAGGGUGGUGGUCGGGAUUUUUGCUGGUGUUUUUGGAUUGGGUGAAAUUGGUACGGGAAUUGUGUAAUUUGAGCAGCAAUCGUAUCGAUUCGUUCCGAAAUGGAACCCGAGGUGGAUUCGGCCAGUUCCAGCUUGGAAGCUGCUGCCAAUGGAACCGGAAGGCCGUCAGCAGAUGAGGUGGAAAUUCCUGUGCCGUGGGGCAUCGUGGCCGGCAAAUGGUGGGGCUCGCGACUCAAGCAGCCGAUUCUGGCCCUGCACGGCUGGCAGGACAACGCCGGCACGUUCGACCGCCUGUGCCCGCUGCUUCCGGCGGACAUUCCAAUUCUUUCGAUCGACCUGCCUGGCCACGGAAAGUCUUCCCACUACCCGAAGGGCAUGCACUACUACAUCUUCUGGGACGGAAUUGCGUUGAUCCGGCGGAUCGUCAAAUAUUACGCCUGGGAGAAGGUUACGCUGCUGGGGCACUCGCUGGGCGGUGCGUUGAGUUUCAUGUACGCGGCGGCAUUCCCGGACGAGGUCGAGGCGUUCAUCAGUAUUGACAUCGCGGGGCCACCGGCGCGGGAUCACCGGAAGCAGGCGGCGAAUCUGGGCGACAGCAUCGAUCGAUUUUUGCGGUACGAAACGUUGCCCGAGUCGAAGACACCUUGCUACAGCUAUGACGACGCGAUCGAUGUGGUGCUGGCCGCGUACGACGGAUCGGUUGAUCUGCAGUCGGUGGAGGUGCUGAUGCGACGAGGAAUGGCCCCAGCGCCGGCCCAUCUUGGGCGGGAAGGAUUCCACUUUUCUCGGGACCUCCGACUAAAGGUGUCCCUGAUGGGAAUGCUUUCGUUGGAGCAGGUCGUGGCCCACGCCGAGCGGAUCAAGUGCCGGGUGCUGAACAUUCGGGCCGUUCCGGGGAUGCACUUUGACAACCUGGAUUACUACCCGAGCGUGGUGGAGGCGAUGCGAAAGUCGGCCAGCGAACUGGUAUAUCUAGAGAUUGAAGGCACGCAUCACAUUCAGCUGGUCAACCCGGAACGAAUAUCGCAGCCCAUCACGGACUUCCUGCUUGCGGACCGGAAGUAGCGUGAGAGUUGAAAGUGUACCUUAAAUUGUAAUCGAAUUUGUUGCACCUUGCUUUACGCCGGUUCCAAACAAUGCACUCCACGUUAUACUAUAGAACAGUUUACAAAAAGGCGCUAAAAGGCACGUGAUAGUUCAAGCACACACACACAAGAUAUAAUCUUUAGAAAAAAAUAGACAACAAUACGAAACUAUUUAUGUUUUAGGAUAGUUUGUAACCAAAAUUAACGAAGGUGAUAAGCCAAAACGGGAAUUUAAAGCGAAUGAGAGAAAAGGUUAAACGCAAAA